GCCUGAUGACGCUGCGGUCACGCGGCCCGGUCACGUGGCGCCCAACAUGGCCGCCCCCACGGGGGCGCUGUGGCGGCGGUUGCUGCGCAGCGCUGCGGUGCGGCGUCUGUGCGGAACCGCGGCGGCGGAGGAGCCCGAGAGAGCCGUGUGGGGUGAACGUGGUGUUCGUGGACAGCGCGGGGCGGAGGGUGGAGGCGCGGGGCCGCGUGGGGGACAACGUCCUGCAGCUCGCCCGGGAGUGCGGCGUUCCCAUUGAGGGGGCGUGCGAGGCGUCCCUGGCGUGCUCCACGUGCCACGUCUACGUCAGCGCCCCACACCUGGAGCAUCUGCCCCCCCCCUGCGAGAGGGAGGAGGACCUCCUGGACACGGCGCCGCAGCUGCGCGUGGAGUCGCGGCUGUGCUGUCAGCUGACGCUCCUCCCACCGCUGGAGGGCGCUGUCUUCACUCUGCCGCGCGUCACCCGCAACUUCUACGUGGACGGCCACGUCCCCAAAGGGCACUGACGCUUAAUUGGGGGGGGGGGGGAGGAAGGGGGAGGGGGCACGGAGACCCCCCCAGUAUAAUGGGAUGGGCACCCCCUAAAAUAAAAAGGGAUGGGAUGGGGACCCCCCCCCCCCCGCUGAAAUAAAGGAUGUGGGAAGCGAUGGAGAUGUGGACCCCCCCCCAAAUAGAAUGGGAUGAGAUGUGGAACCCCCCCCCAAAUAGAAUGGGAUGGGAUGGGAACCCCCCCCCCCCGCUAAAAUAAUGUACAUAGGAAGUGAUGGAGAUGGGGACCUCCCAUGGGGAUGGGGACCCCCACCCCAAAAUAAAAUGGGAUGGGGACCCCCCCACACACUAAAAUAAUGUAUGUGGGAAGCGAUGGAGAUGUGGACCCCCCCCCAAAUAGAAUGGGAUGGGAUGUGGACCCCCCCCCCUCCCCAAAUAGGAUGGGAUGGGAUGGGGACCCCCACCCCAAAAUAAAAUGGGAUGGGAUGGGGACCCCCCCACUAAAAUAAUGUAUGUGGGAAGCAAUGGAGAUGUGGACCCCCCCCCCCCCAAAUAGAAUGGGAUGGGGACCCCCCCCCGCUGAAAUAAAGUAUGGGGAGGCGAUGGAGAUGCGGACCCCCCCAAAUAGAAUGGGAUGAGAUGGGGACCCCCACCCCAAAAUAAAAUGGGAUGGGGACCCCCCCCAAAGAAAAAGAGAAUAUUCAGAGCGAUGGAGAUGAGGACCCCCCGAAUAUAAUGGGAUGGAUGGGAUGGGACGGAGACCCCCCCCAAAAAAAAGAUGAUGGGAUCGGAUAUGGACCCCCCCAAUAUAUAACGGGAUGGGGACCCCCCCCAAAUAAAGUCCUAUGGGGACCCCCCCGGC